CGCGCUUUACCUAGCCUAUGAUGCAUUCGUAACUAUAAAUAUGACUUCUGUAACUGUCAAAUUUAAGGUACAUCUCGCUAUAUGUAGAUGUGUGUAUGUGCAACAUUGAAAAAGAGAAAUAAAUAAAAGGAAAAAUAAACGAACCGAAAAAUACGCAAAGUUUAAAAUAAAAUUACAAUAAUUUAGUGUAACAGCGAACAAUGCAGGAAGAACCAAAAAACACCACAAAAUUAGGAAGUACUCGAAAGUAAAAUUGUUAGUUCGCAAUGCAGGGACAUUGGAUAUAACGUUAUCUAGUUUUGUCACAAGUGGAACUUCUCGUAGAACAAUUAAUAGCAACAUGCCAGGUGAUGUUUCACAAAUACAAAAAGUGCCAAGAAAGAAGAUUCCUGUGAGCAGGCAGUCGAUUAUGCCAUUGCAGUUAGAUUCACAAAAGAAAAUAGAUACUGAGUGCAAAGAAUUAGAACUUGGACUCCUUUAUGAUGAAUAUUUACAAACUGUAAUGAUGGAUCUCAUAAUGAAGAAAAAGACUGAGGAGAAAAAAUGUCUAAUGAUAAGACAAUUAGCUACUGUGGCACAAGAGAUUGAUCAAGAUACUAGAAAAUUAAUUAAAAUUAAGACAAGGGAACGUGAUAUAAUGAAUUUAAGUUUAGCACAAAAAGAGACAGAUGCCCAACUAAUUGCGAUAACAAAGUGCACUGAUGAUGAAACAUUUAAAGCUGUACAAGAUAUGUUGUUCAAGUUGCGAUUUCUCUUAGAACCUUUAGAUAUAUUGCAAUGUAAUGGUAUAAUACUUCCUGAAACACAGGCCGAGUGGAAAGAGACUCAAGAAGUAUUAAUAAAAUGUUCAAAUGCUUUAAAGAGUAUUGCAAAUCUAAUUGGAACGAAAGGUGAAACAUAUUGUUCCGUUAAUACUGAACUGAAGAAUUUUACUGAAACAUACAAUGAAAUAGAAAAUCUUCAAAAGAAAUUGAAAGAAGCAUUGUGCAAUUUACAAGUAUUGAUCUUAAAAAAUUCUUCUUUUUCGUUGGCAUGUGAUAACACACUUGAAUAAUGUGCUAUGAAUAUAGAGAAAAUACUAUCUUAUACAGUAUUAACUAAACUAAAUUGAUUAACAAGUUUGUACUGUGUUGCACAAGUAUUACGUGAGAUACACUAUAUUUUUCAAAUUUCUUAAAAAAAGUUUAAGUAAGUUAUAUGUUUUCAUAGAAUUGCGUCGAAAUUAUUUUCUUCUCAACAAAAGAGAAUAAAGAUUUUAUCAAAGCAAGAUUUUAAAUUGUGUUAAUUAAAUGCGAGUUUUGUACGUAAAUUUAUUUAUGGAUUUUAACUUGCUAUUAUGUCGAACAUGAGUCAAUGGGUCAAUUAGAUUUGUCAAAAAA